UCCAUUUGAAAUUUGCCUACGAUCUUUACUCGUCUCUGAUUGGCUAAUCCGUUAAAUAAACUAAUGUUUACUAGUAAAACAUUGGAUAAAUCUGAACGGAUCCAACUCUAACGUCACCCAAUUGAAAUUGACAUUUAUAACAGUUAAGGGUUUAGGAUAGGAUAGGAUAGGAUAGGAUAGGAUAGGAUUGGAUUGGAUUGGAUUGGAUUUAGGGUUACUCUCUGCCCACCAGUGGGUUAAGGGUAGGGUUAAGAUUAGGGUUUAAAAUUAGGGUUUAGGGCAUGGACGCCCCAAGGAUACCGGGUAGCACUAACGGUUUAAAAUAGCAUUCUCUGCACCGUAGCCAGUUAGCUAAUCUUAAACGUUUAUCCUCUAUUUAUACAGUACUUUUUUUAGUCGUUUGGUAGUAAGCCAAGCUUUAACCAUGUCUAACGUUAGUUAAAUUAGCUAGACGUAGAGUUUUCUGGCUAACAUUUCGUUAGCUAACGUUAGUUAAAACAAUGUAAAGCUAGUUUGCCUUGUGUAUUUGAUGCAAUCAAUUAUAUUGUACAGUAGUAUCAAAUUAGUUGACUAAUUUACCAAGUAAUUGGGGAGCUCAACCUGUCAGCCAACAUGAUUGUAUUGAAUGUACUUACUUAGCUAGCAUGCCAACAUGGCUGGUAUGCUUAGGCUAGGUGUCAGACAGUCAGGUUUGACUAUGAGUGCCGAAAUCAAAGUAAAACGAGUGUCCUCGAGGAAGAGGUCCAGAGAUGGGCUCAGAAGUCAUCUCACGCCCAUAAGGAAAAUACCCAGUUCUUCUGGACAACAAUGUCCUGACAGCAGCACAGCUGAAAUGGAGCAUCCCAGGGCUAUGGACCAAUCUAUGCAUGCAAAGUUCAGUGAGUACUGCAGUGACACUGAGGAUUUAUUUGGGGACUAUGACAGCAUUGUAGGCGACAGCUCUUUCCUGGCCAAGCUGGAUAGAGAGGAGCAGAACAUGAGACGUCAUGACAUUGACCAUGCAACCAGCAACCGAUGCCCUGUGGUUCUGCAGCAUGAAAACCCUGACUUCACCUCACUAAAGUCUUCAACUGACAAGUGUCUGAAAAAAUCACGAGAUUACUCAAUGACAGACUCAAACCUGGAGGGCUCACAGCUCGCCUUUCAACAGGACGCUCUCCAAACAGCAGAGUGGAUCUGCUGUCCAGAUGGGGACAAAACGUCCAAGCCUAUGAGACGUCCUGAGUCUGUCAGCACUGAAGAUGGAAAUGAGAGGCACAAUGCAGGUGUGGUCCCCAAGGCAAGGAAGAGCAUGUCAGAUCAUCUGAAGAGAGCCAUGCUGGUUAAUGCAGCAGCUCCUUCUAGUGUCUCACGGACUGCAGUGCAGAAGGAGGCCGUAGUUACAGAGAUCAGUGUUGCCAUGCAGGCUAUGGAAUCUGUCUCCAUGGAGACAAUGGACCUUGAGCCUUUCUUCGGUCUUCCCACCAAAGUGAAGGCGCUAAUAUGUAAUCUCAAAGGAAUCAAAGAUUUAUAUGAAUGGCAGAAGAACUGUCUAAACCUGGACUCAGUUCAGCAGAGGAAAAACCUCAUCUACUCUCUGCCCACCAGUGGUGGGAAGACUCUGGUGGCUGAGAUUCUCAUCCUCAAAGAGCUUCUGUGCAGAAAGAGGGAUGCCCUUUUCAUCCUACCCUACAUAUCUCUAGUGCAGGAGAAGGUUCGAGGGUUGGCCAGUUUUGGCCUGGAGCUGGACUUCAUGGUGGAGGAGUAUGCUGGCAAUAAGGGCAGGUUCCCUCCAGUGAAGAGAAGGGGCAAGAGGUCCCUGUACAUUGCCACCAUAGAGAAGGCCCACAGCCUGGUCAACUCCCUCAUAGAGGCCAACAGACUGGACAAUGUGGGGCUGGUGGUUGUGGACGAGCUCCACAUGUUGGGUGAUGGUAGCAGAGGAGCUAUCAUUGAGAUGACUCUAGCCAAGGUGCUCUAUAUCAGUAAGUCAACUCAGAUCAUUGGAAUGAGUGCUACUCUGGGCAAUGUCCAAGAUCUUCAGAGGUUUCUGAGCGCAGAUAACUACACUAAUGACUUCAGACCGGUCGAGCUGAAGGAGUAUGUUAAACUGAAGGACAGCAUAUACGAGGUGGACCCCAAGGAGGAGGAGUGCUUCAGGUUCUCUCGGCUCCUAAACUUUAAGUACUCCAGUGCAAUGCAGAAGAUCGAUCAGGAUCAUAUUGUUGCCUUGGUGACUGAGGUCAUUCCAAGCCAGUCGUGCCUUGUCUUCUGUCCCACCAAGAAGAAUUGUGAGAACGUGGCUGGGAUGAUCUGCAAAUACCUGAAACAGGACUUUAUCCAGCACAAGCAGGCAGAGAAGGCUGUGUUGUUGGGGGAUCUGAGGAGCAGUGGGAACGGCUCCCUGUGUCCGGUGCUCAAGAAGAUGGUGCCGUACGGCCUGGCCUACCACCACAGUGGGUUGACCAGCGAGGAGAGGAAGCUGGUGGAAGAGGCUUACUCUGCUGGGGUUCUGUGUCUCCUCACCUGCACCUCCACGCUGGCUGCAGGGAUCAACCUACCUGCUCGGAGGGUGAUUCUGCGUUCUCCGUACAUGGCGGUAGACUUCCUGAAGAGGAGCCAGUACAAGCAGAUGGUGGGGAGGGCUGGACGGGCUGGGAUAGACACUCAUGGAGAGAGCAUCCUCAUCCUACAGGACAAAGACAAAGUCAUGGUCAAAAAGCUUGUGUCUGCACCAAUAGAGAUCUGUAAAAGCAACCUAAUGCAUGAUAACGGAAAGGGUAUCCUGAGUCUCAUCCUAUCCAUCAUUGGAUUAAAUAUCACGAACAGUUUAGAGCAGGUCAGGGACUUCAUGGAUGGCACAUUGCUGUCUGUCCAGGAGAAACAGGUGUGCUUGGAGAGGAGCCUGUGGGAGGUGACACAGGAGUGUGUUGAGCUGUUGAAAGUGAAAGGCCUCAUCACUGUGUCCACAGAGCCACAUGAUGGGACUCUGCAUGUCACCAAGCUAGGAAGAGCUACUUACAAAGGCUCAGUGGAUCUGACCUACUGUGACGUCCUGUAUAGAGACCUGUCUAAAGGCCUGGAGAGUCUGAUGCUGGAUAGUUUCCUCCACCUGGUCUACCUGGUAACACCCUAUGACAUGGUCUCCCAGUGCAAGCCUGAUUGGAUGAUCUACUUCAGACAGUUCACAAUGUUGUCAGCUGCGGAGCAAAAGAUGUGUGCAGCAGUUGGAGUGUCUGAGAGUUUCGUUGCUAGAAAGGCUGCGGGCCAGAAUAUGAAGAAGAAUGUGGACCCGGUGGUGGUGAGCCGGCUAUACCUGGCCCUGGUGCUGCUGUCAGCGCUGAAGGAGACUGACCUGUGGAGCGUGGCCGACAGGUUCCUGCUCAGCCGGGGCUUCAUCCAGACACUGCUCAGCUCCUCCUCAGCCUUCUGCUCCUGCGUGCUGCACUUCACAGAGGAGCUGGAGGAGUUCUGGCCCUUCAACGCUCUCCUGACUGAGCUGACCCGCAGGCUGACCUACUGUGUCAAGGCCGAGCUCAUCCCUCUCAUGGAGGUAGCAGGAGUCAUGGAGGGAAGAGCGAAGCAGCUGUACAAUGCUGGAUAUAAGACACUGGCUCAUCUGGCCAACGCUGACCCAAACGUUCUUGUCAAGACUGUGGAGAACCUCUUCAAGAAGCAAGCCAAUCAGAUUGUUGCUUCUGCAAAAAUGCUGCUGAAUGAGAAAGCUGAUGCACUUCAGGAGGAGGUGGAUGACUUGUUGAUGAUGCCUCUUGAUCUCCCCUCUUUGUAAAUAUGUUGCUGGGGUGGAUUUAUUUAGUAAAGAUUACUUUUAUAUGGCCUGGUGUGUUAAUAUUGUUUAUGGUGGUGUAUCAUAUUGUUUAUAGUUUAUGGGAGUGCUAUUAAAACAAUGUGUAUCUCUA